AUGGCGGGAAUGGUUCAAGGUGCUGCCGUAUUCAGUGCAACAUCCAGCCUUCCCUCACACCUGCACCGCUCGUCCUCUCGCAAAGCGAAUGGUUUACCAAAAACAUUUCAAACUCCAGACUUCCCUCGGCUGAUCAAGCUCUCACAGAAACAUUACCAUCGACAGCAGCAGCACCGAUCAUCGAUCUCCUGCCGAACCACCGUUUCGCAGGACCCGGCUACCCUCUCCUCAACACGGGACUCCGUCAACGGUAACGUUAACGUCAAUGCGGAAAUUGCCGCCGUCCCAUCGUCUCCCCUCAGCUAUGACUCUCCGCCUAACGGCUCGUCCUCGGAAUUCCCGCAACCCGUGUCCGGUUUGUCGUUUUCCGAGCGCAAAUUCGGACCGUUGGCGGAGGUGCCCCCGGAGGAGUAUGAUCUAGCGGUGGCGGAGCGCGCGGUGCAGCUGUCGUGCCGACUGACGCAGCGCGUGCAGGACCAGCUGCGACGCGCGGAAGACGUCGCGCGGUCGAAGAAGGACAAGUCGUUCGUCACCGUCGCAGACUGGGGAGUGCAGGCGGUGGUGAGCUGGGUGCUCAAGCAGGCCUACCCCGACGAGCCCAUCUCAAUGGUGGCAGAGGAAGACACCAAGGAGCUCACCGGCCAAGCCGGCGUCGCCGUCCUGCAGCGCCUCGUGCAAACCGUCAACGAGUGCCUCGCUGAGGCCGCCCUUGUCGGCAUCCCCCCGCCGCAAGCGCCGCUCACGGCGGUGCAGGUGCUGCAGGCGAUCAGCCGCGGAGGGUCGGAGGGCGGCGCGGAGGGGCGGCACUGGGUGUUAGAUCCCGUCGACGGGACAUUAGGGUUCGUGCGGGAUGACCAAUACGCAGUCGCGCUCGCGUUGCUGCAGGAUGGGCAGCUGAAAGUCGGCGCGCUGGGCUGCCCGAAUUUCCCGGUCAGGUCGGGGUGGCUCCGGCACCCGCACCGGUUCCACCGGCUGACCGCGAAAUACUUUCCGCCGACCAAGUGGCAUAAGGGGUUCGUGCUGAAGGCGAAGAGAGGAGGGGGCACGUGGAUGGAGUCGCUGGUGGAGAUUGGGAGGGAUGGAGGGGCGUUGAGAGCGGUUCCGAUGCCGGUUAGGGUUUCGCCGGUGCAAGAUGCUGCUCUGGCGACGUUCUGCGAGCCCGUGGAGAAGGCGAACUCGAACCAAUCGUUCACUGCUGAGCUGGCAGACACGCUCGGCAUCAGCACGGAGCCUCUGCGCGUCUACAGCAUGGCCAAGUAUGCCGCCAUUGCACGCGGUGACGCUGAGAUCUUCAUGAAGUUUGCGCAUGGCAGCUACAAGGAGAAGAUCUGGGACCAUGCAGCAGGCGUGAUAAUAGUAGAGGAGGCGGGUGGUGUGGUGACCGAUGCGGGCGGCAACCCCUUGGAUUUCAGCAAGGGGAGGUUUCUCCUGGGGUUGGACAGAGGGAUCAUGGCGACCAAUGGCCCGGAUAUGCACGAGCAACUGUUGAACACUGUAGAUGCCAGCUGGAGUGCUUCUCGGCUGUAA